AUGGAUGAAGAUUUGACCGCCUCACACUGGGAUGAUGUGCUACUGCCAUCUACUAAAUUCUCCUCAACUUCGACAUUCCCCUCACAUCUAGGCAAUCAAUUUGCCGACCUUGGUCUUGACGACCCAGAUAAUGAGAAUGACAAUGAAGAGCAGGAAGACGAAGAGGAAGACGAGGAGGACGAAGAUGAUACUACCCAAAGCCAUACAUACCAAGCAUCACCUUUUGGGCUUGGCUCACAACAACAACAUCAGGCAGAAUUGGACCAGAUCCAUGAAAUGAGAAAGGAGGAACUAAAGGAGCAGAAGUCCGCCUUGAUGUCAGAGCUCACAGAGGGCUCCGCCUUUGACGACAUGGAGUCCUCCCUUGCCAAUCGAUCGAAGGUAACCUCGUCGGAUCCCUUAUUUAGCGAUAAAGGGAAGGUACUCACCCAAAGCAAUGCCACUGAACAACCUUCGGACCAUCUUCAAUCGCCAAAGAAAUCUCUGCAGCUAAAAGGCUCACUGUUCCGUGCACAUCGUGCCAGAAAAUACCCGUCUGCUACUGUUGUGAAACAAUUGAAGGAAGAGACUGGUGUAUCGGACCCCUUGAGUGCGAUAGCCAACAAGCCAGAGUCCGACGAGAACGAGAGUUCAGCAAGCCCCACAAAUAAAGCAAGCGAGCUUGUGAAAGAGAGCAAUGCUCCUUUGUACGAUAUCAAACCUGAUUCUACCGAGGAUAAAGAAGCUGAGUUAACUCAGUCGCCCAGUAAACCUGGUGAAUCUAAGCACAACCGCAGAUCAUCCUCUUCAGGUACAGAAAUUUCUGUUGGUAACCCAAUCAAGGUUGGUGACAUCACUAAUGCACACAUUGUGUAUUCGAUCGAGACCAGAAACCUAAAACUUCUGCUUCCCGAGCAAUCCCCCAAUCGCUUCACUGUCUCUAGGCGUUAUCGUGACUUUUGCUGGGUUUACAAACAACUUCAAAUAAGCCAUCCUGGAAGGAUAAUACCACCUCCGCCAUCCAAAAAGACUUACAUUGGGCGCUUUAACGAAAACUUCAUAGAGAAUAGGCGAUUAUCGCUCGAGAAAAUGCUUCAAAAAAUUAGCAAAAUUGAGGCCUUCGUCAAUGAUCCCAGCUUUAUCAUCUUCUUGACCUCGCAAGAUUUUGCGAGAGACUCUAAAGAAAGAGAACGCACAGGUGGUGUUGCUCUUGACGAUUCUGGAGAACCCGAGAAUGACGGUAUGCUGAGUACAUCGGUAGUAACCGGUUCUGGAACAGGAGGCUUUAUGAGCUCGCUUUUCUCGAUACCAACAAAGCUUCCCGAGCCAGACCCCUACUUUUCACGGAAAAAGGGAUAUGUUGAAGAUUUGGAACAUAACCUCAAAACAUUCCACAGAUCACUCGAGCUCAUUGCUGGUCAACGAAUCGAAAUUGUGGCCGUGACUGAGGAAAUUGCUACUAUCAUCGAUGAGCUAGCUGAUCUUGAGAUUCUGAAAGCCACCUCACUUUUACUCAAAGCCUUUGCAGAGAUCCACAUGAAACUCAAAGAAAAUCUCGACAGAGUCAAUUUGCAAGAUCAACUCACGCUUGGUUUCACAAUUGAGGAGUAUUUGAGGGUUAUUGGUUCCGUCAAAUACAUAUUUGAGACGAGGACGAAGACGUAUAACCAGUAUUAUACAUUCCAGCAGGACUUGCUCAAAAAGGAGGAGGCAUUGAACAAAGCCAGCCAUAAAGCUAAGUCAGAAAAGUAUAACAUAUUGAAAUUUGAGGUCGACAAUUUGAAGCAGAAGACAGCACAAUUCGAGAAGAGCUUCAAUGCUAUCAGCGAGACAAUCAAGGAGGAGAUGGACAAUUUCGAAAUGGAACGGGUUGACGACUUCAGAAAUAGCGUUGAAAUCUAUAUCGAAAGUUCCAUUGAAUCCCAGAAAGAAGCAAUUGAGCUCUGGGAAACUUUUUACGAGAGGCAACAUUUGGACCAGAUUUGA